UGAUUGUAUGGUCUGCCACAGUCUGGAUGUAUCAAGCGCUGAAAGCACAUGACCCUGAUCACAGUGAGAACGAGAAGAUCCCCGGGCAACGUUGUAUAUGUCACUGCCUGUGCAGGAGUACAGCGCACAGGGAUUGCCUCUGUAAUGCACACUGUUUUAUGUCCAAGGUCCUGGCACAGACGCUCAGUUAAUAGGUGUCAAUUUUGUGACCCAAGACUCAUUAACCCUUGCAAAACUGAAUGAUCUGAAUAAGAAGCUGGCGUUCGAAUAAGAAGCUAGAGCUUGAAUAAGAAGUGAAUAAGAAGCUGGCCGAAUAAGAAGCUAACUUCAGCAUCGUCACAUACCAUAUGUAGCUAUCCGGCACUAAGGGUGAACAGUAGCAGCGUGCUCAGAGUUGGCAGCACUGUACCUGACUACUACUACAUACACACGUGUGAUGGGGAAGAAGCAGGGUAAUAAACCCGUGGCAGGUUCCUCUCGCCCUGGUGUGGGCGCUGGGCAGCUUCGCAGACAUGAAAAGAAGAUGACGAAUUCUAGGCCAAAAAACUUGGAUAGCCAGGAAAUCCCCUUCAAGCUUCGUGAAAUCAUGAAGAGUAGGAUGGAUAUGAACAAACCAAGAAAAAAGAAGAAGCGAAUGUCAGCACCAAAGCAAGGGCCACACAAUGAAGAGUUACAGACAGACAUUCAGGUCCCCAAGUUCAAGAGAAGAAAGCGUGAAUCAGUGGGUGCUUAUCUUCAUCGUAUGAACCAAGAAACUCAGCAUGUCAUCUUCCUCAGCAAGAAUCAGCUGGACCGUCUCCCAGAGCAGGAUUUGGAUGACAAAGGCGAGGUCAUUAAUGAGGAGGUUACCAAGGAGGAGGGCACUAAGAAGAAGUCUCAGAAGAAGAAUGCUUUUGAACAAAGGCGGUUAAAUAAAGUUUUGAAGAAGAAAGAGGAAAAGAAAGAAACUCGUUUAGAACAAGACAUGUUCAAAGACACAGUGAUGUUUGGGGAAGUGGCGAUGCAACCACCAUCUCUCACUGUUAAGCCUAGGAAAAGUGUGGCUGUAACUAAGCCUGGAGAGAAAAAGCUUCUCUUGAAAAAGCUUUUUGAUAAAGGAGGCAGCCCAUCUCACGCCCCUGCUAUGUCCUUAGCCAGAAAGAAACUGUUAGAAGAUGAGCGAGAGCGAGUCAUACAGGCUUACCGUGACCUAAAGAAGAAAAGAACGGAGCAAGCCACAGACAUGAAACUGUCCAAACCUCACCAUACAUGAGGUCACAUGAAUUCAGUGCAGACUGUAUUAUUUGCAGUUGUAGUAGCUGAAUAACCGUAACACAGCGAUGGGCCGUAUUUGGGUGUCUACCUGGGCUGGAUGCAGAUUUUUAGACCCAUGAAUGGGUGUUGAUAAUUUGUCAAGGUCAGAUAAUGAAGAAGUGGGUCUAUUCCUGGAGAAGGGAUCUAUAUCUAGAGCUACAAAAUGAACUCGUUGUUUGUCUUUGCCUUCAAUGAAAACACAGUACAUAUCACUUGACUGCUUUUUGAAGUAAUACUUGACCUGGUGUAUUUGAGCAGAUGUUUUACUGAAAAUGCAAAAUGUUUAUUAUUCCAUACUUCCAUGAUACAUCAUAUAUGUAAAUGGCAAUUUUAUAUAUAAAGUCUACUUUUGCUUUCUUUGUAUAGUUCUGAAAUAUAUUCUUCAUGGAGAGUGAAA